UCAACGCUUCCUGGUUCUUCUGUUUUGAUGUUCAUCGAAAUAAUCUGUUUUUAGUCGAACGGUGGUUAUUUUGUUGUGUUUCUCAUUUUUUAUUAAGAUGGCAUUAAUCUCCGAAAUAAUUAACACAGAAUAAAGCCGACUUCCAGGUGACUGGCUCUGUUAUUCAGCCGUUUGUGUUCAGUUUUUCUGAUUUGGCAUGCUGUCAUCAUCACCAGAUUUGCUAAGGGCUCAGCCGGUUUGAUGCCCAUAGCUCCAACAUGGAGCACUCAGAUUUUAUGACACACAAGAACGGGCGACAGAGGAAGCUGGCGGGUGCCCCCCUCCCACCUGAAAACAUGAGGGACAUAGACAGAGAAGACAUGAGCUCCUCUGAACCAGAUGUAGAAGCAGAAACAGAGGGCCUUAUCAGAGAGUCUGACUCUGAGGACAGUAGGCACAAAGUCCGGCCUGGGAUCCGUGGCGAGUUGGGGAACGUGUUGCUUCUUUUGUUUCUGUACGUGCUGCAAGGGAUUCCUCUGGGACUGGCUGGUAGCAUCCCUCUGAUCUUACAGAGUAAGAACGUCAGCUAUAAAGACCAGGCCUUUUUUAGCUUUGUCUUUUGGCCAUUUAGCCUCAAGCUUCUCUGGGCACCACUGGUGGACGCUCUCUACUUCAGCAAGUUUGGUAGGAGAAAGUCAUGGUUGGUGCCCACACAGUACCUGCUGGGCCUCUUCAUGCUUUACCUUUCUUUGACUGUCAAUUCACUGCUGCAGAGUGAGGGAGGACCCAAAGUGGUAACACUUACUGCAGUCUUCUUUAUGCUUGCUUUCCUGGCAGCCACACAGGACAUAGCUGUGGACGGCUGGGCCCUCACUAUGUUAUCCAGAGAGAAUGUGGGCUAUGCUUCUACAUGCAACUCUGUGGGCCAGACAGCAGGAUACUUCCUGGGGAAUGUGCUCUUUCUGGCCCUGGAGUCUGCAGACUUCUGCAACAAAUACCUCAGAGUGGAGCCUAAGGACACAGGGAUAGUCACAUUGUCAGACUUCUUGCUGUUUUGGGGAGCGAUGUUCCUUGUUUCUACAACGUUGGUAGCCAUCCUAAAAAGGGAAAAUCAGCAAGGCAAAGGAAAGAGGAGAGUCCAUGAGGAGACGCAGGGUGUCAUGGAAACCUACAAGCUGCUGCUCUCUAUCAUCAAGAUGCCGACAGUCUUCACCUUUUGUUCCCUGCUUCUUACUGCUAAAAUCGGCUUCUCUGCAGCAGAUGCAGUAACGGGUCUGAAGUUAGUGGAGGCUGGAGUUCCUAAGGAGCAGCUGGCAUUGCUGGCAGUGCCUAUGGUCCCUCUGCAGAUCCUGCUACCUUUGAUCAUCAGUAAAUACACAGCAGGGCCCAAACCUCUGGAUGUCUUCUACAAAGCCUUCCCUUUCAGGUUGCUCAUCGGGCUGGGGUACGCGGUGUUGGUGUGGUGGACCCCCAGCGUAAAACAAGAAGGAGGGUUCCCUGUUUACUACUACGCCAUAGUGCUGCUCAGCUACGCAUUGCAUCAGGUGGCGUUGUACAGUAUGUACGUGGCCUGCAUGGCCUUCCAUGCCAAAGUGAGCGACCCCCUGAUUGGCGGGACCUAUAUGACCCUGCUGAACACAGUCACUAACCUCGGUGGAAACUGGCCCUCCACUGUGGCCCUGUGGAUGGUGGAUCCGCUGACCUCAAAGGAGUGUCAGGGGGCUGUCGGGCAGAGCUGCGGCUCUCCGGAGGAGGCAGGGCUGUGCGUUAAGGAGGGCGGCUUCUGCGUGACCACAUUGGACGGCUACUACGUGGAGUCCGUGGUGUGUGUUGUGAUCGGUCUAGCCUGGUGGCUGUGGUUGGGGAAGAAGAUGAGGCGGCUGCAGGAGCAGAGCCCCACUGCGUGGAGGUGCAGAGCCAAUCAGUGAUGAUGCUCCAUCAUCAGCACCACAGACUCGUCACAUACUCCGAAAACAGCUGAAUGGUCGACAUUGUGUUCUUCCACUCUCAUCCGUCUGGUUUAGUCCCUCUGGUCCUGCUCUAGCUGCUGCGUUCAGAAAACUCAUUCUCACCUCUGUCACCCUGAAGCACAUAAAUCUGAUAACACACAACGUCGUCUCUCUGGAUGGAAAAAGUCCUUAUCACCGUUUCUCAUGCUACCUGUCAACACCCUGAAAACUGAAACAACCGGUCAGACUAGCUAAAACGUUUUUGUUGUUUUUGUUGUUCUGAAACCAUUUUCUGCUGCUCGAAACAGCCUAACCAAACGAGAGCUGGGUCAAAGAGCACGUUCAAACAACGUCUUGGGUUUGUUUUACCUGUUUGGAUAACCAGCUGAUUGAGUGUACAAGUUUCUGUGUGCAUUUUUUACCUUUUGCCCAGAAAAACAACUUCUUGAAAUUUGAGCUCCUCCACAUUAAAGUAAAAUAAAAUCAGCACGUCAGACUUUUGUGCGCUCUUCUGGCCAGUCACCAUAUUAUCUAUAUUAAAAGGAUACCAAAGGGAAAAGACAGGUAAAACAUACAAACGCACUCCUCCAAAUUUACUGUCUGCACGUGUGGAUAUGAUUUUCCACUGGUAUUGAAGUGUCUAAAGUGUCCUGAAGCUGGUUAUUCAGAGUAAGUUAAACCCAAUGUGAACACUAUCUUUCAUCGCUGUUUGACUCAGAUCUGAACCGAAGUUUGUGGGUAUUUUAAUUAUUAUUUAAAUAUAUAUGUAUUUCCUCUGAAGUGAUUUGUGCCUUGUUUAGAGUUUCAAAUUUUUUCAAAGCCAACUUUGAUUGCGUUUAAAAAUCAAGGCAGGGAAUAAUAGUUAUUGAAGAUGAAGUCUGAUGAACACUGUUUUCUGUCAUACUGUAGUUUGGUAGAUUAUGCAAAACGUGAUUACUUUCAUCAUUGAUUAUAUUCAUGUUUUUUCUUUUUUUUAUACAUACUCCAGAAUAUGACACUGAGCACACAUUCCUUAUGAAAAAUAUACGAUUACCAAUAUCAUCUAUGGUUAAAUGAACUGAUAUGUCUAGAAUAUUAAAUGUUUUAUAGUUGGA